GUGACGUCGAUUGGAACAAUCGUUCAAUCAUUGAAGAGAAUAACAUAGUAGAGUGGACUUCAAACAUGGCGGGUAGUUCUUCGCAGGUCUCAAAACAACCUUUCCACGAGACUUAUGAACUGAAAGAAGAGUUGGGAAAGUACGUAUUUUUUGAAGCCGACUGAACCUUUUUUUUCGAUGUGUGUUUAACUUUUGUUUGCCGUAUAUUUCUCUCAGAGGUGCUUUCAGCAUCGUUCGCCGGUGUGUGCAUAAGGAGACAAAAGUUGAGUAUGCCGCGAAAAUUAUCAACACCAGGAAAUUGUCGUCCAGAGGUAAGAAUCGAGUUUUCAGCUGUUCUUGAUACUGACAAAUUAUUGCUCCCAUAUUGGACUCUUAGUUUCAAGUUUAAAUCCUGACGUUUGAGAAUUAUUCUUGUGAUUUUCAUCUUUAAUUGAGAAAAAAAAAGAAAAUUCAAUUGAUUUACUGUGAAAGAGUCGUUUGAAAAGCUGCAGACUUGCACAGGUUGUAUGAGAGCGAAAACAGAAUUUUUGGUGGAGAUCGAACAACCAUUUCGGUGACACUUUUGUUUUACAAGGGCAACGGUAUUCUUUCCGCAGACACAAGUUCGCCUUUUUAUACCCAAGGACAGUAGAAAAAUAUUACGAUUGAAAAUUUAAGCCACAGAGGAAAUUGUUUAUAUUAUUUGACCGUAGCUGCAAAGAAGGGUUAUUUGUAAAAAAAUAUAUUAAGUUUAACGUUUUGAUAAACAUACAAGCUUACAGUAAAAAAAAUAUGACAAAAUUCAAAACAGAUGUCUACGAUCUAGCGUUUGACCUGAGUGAAUUUAAUAUUUCAACGCCAAAGCCCUCAAACAUAUAAUUCGCAGUGGGCGAGAAGACAACUUGUUUUCCACCUGUGUAGAUCGUAAAUUGUGAUAUUUGCCCGGAUUAAUUUAUCUAACAUUUCCCUUCUUGUUCAUUUAGAUCUACAAAAGCUCGAAAGAGAAGCUAGGAUAUGCCGACUACUCAAACACUCAAACAUAGGUGGGUCGAUAUAGAAUUUACUUUAUUGAAAGUAAUAAAGCUUAAAUAUCACGCGAGUAAAACGGAAGGCCCUAAAAUUUUGAUCCCAAUGUUAUGGAAAUGCUCUCGCUGUGUAAUCGUUAAUUUUUUCCUGACGAAUGUUUGACCGAAAAGUCAAAUUAUUUUUUAGAUUGUACUCCAGUAGAAAUAGUGAGCUACGUUUUGUGACCAAAGAAAUCAAGCGACGGGUUGUCAUAUUCUUGUCUGACGCUGUGCGCCUUGAAGCGAUGACUAGCUCAACAACUGUACAAACAGAACGAGAACUACAUUGACUUGAGCGUGGGCUAAAAACCCCGGCUUACUAAUCGAUGUAAUCAUGUGCUUUUCCUCGUUAAGCUAGUUUAGCAAAGUUAGACAAAUGACUCAUUAAUUGGCGUUUGUUCGCGGCCAGAUAGCUUGACUUUGAUGAAACCUGUUUACUGGGCGGUAUUUUCGGUAGUGUUGUUAUUCACCUUCAAAUUGCCUGCGUAGGCGGACGAUGUGGAAGUUCAUCUUAUUUCUUUUAUGUAGUUUGUCACACAAAAUCGAAGUACUUGUAUCUCAUGAACACAUAACCGGUGUACGAGAGGCUAACAACUCAUCGUUUGCUUUUGUGGUUAAUUGUCGUGAGGGAGGGCCAUAUCAAUUUAAACCAGGCAGCCCAGUAGAUCUUUUCAUGAGAUAAAGAUUCUGAAUUUGGUUUGCGGAGGUGACGGAUUUGAUAACUUUCAAUUUUAAAAAUUUUAUAUCAAGAACGUUUAUGUAAAUCUUAAUCGCCAGUCUCGAUGUUUAUGUAGCUUAUACAAAACAUGAAUUUGAAUAUCGGUCCAAAAAGUACAGAGAAACCUGAGAUCCUUUUGAGAACCGAAGCGAUAAUUCAAACCGUGAAGCAUUUUUUUCCAAUUCUUGUCAGACUCAAGUUGUUCUUAAUAAUAUAUUAUUUUUGGUGAAAUUGUUAGAAAGGGAAAAUUUACAUGUGUCAGUAAUGCAGACUUGACACGUGUCUAUUUCGCGGGAAAGUCUUUCACACGCGAUUUAUGCUUUUGAGUGGUUUCUCAAGAUUCCUUUUAACCUAAGCAAUUGAUCAUUGCCUUACGUGAGCUGGAAAUUUUAAAACAGUUGGAGGGCGAGUGGCUUGAAGCUCACAAAACUGUUUAUACUCCCGCAAAACACGAAAAACACACUUCUUGCUGUGAAAUUUGCAUUUUUAUUUGAUUGUUGAAAGCCAACUUCUUUAUUGCUAAGGUGGUGUAUUUUAUUCCUUCUAAAUCGACUUAUUAUGCAGUCAGAAAAAAGUUGAAAAAGGUUGUAGACGAUAGUGUAUGAAAUUGGAUGUCAUAUAACAACAUAAAGCAACAACCCCAGGUUACAAGUCUCUCGGAUGCUGUUAGGCCUUCUCCAAGGGGUCGAGACAAAUUAUCACACUCAUUAACACCAUGAUGAGAGAAAUUUGCACAAAGCAUGUCCAAGACGAUUCUGUGUAACGGUCAAUAACAACAACUCUUUUUUUAUAUAAAUAAAAAGCCUAAAUAAUUAAUUUCGGUAACAGAAAUGCUUCACAGUAGAUCAUUGACACCUAAACCCUAUUACUAUCAAUAAAACUUGUUUCAAAAUAAUCAAAAGGUGUGAAUCAACUCAUCAGUGGUCAUUUAAGUUCUUAUACAUUCUAUUUUUAUUUUCUUUUGUAUACUGUGGUAAUUGUUUUAAAGGGUGCCUGUGUAGAUAUGCAAAUCUUUGAAGCACUUUGUUCACCUUUUGUCUUGUUAUUUUUCUAACCUGGAAGAUGAAAAUGACAUUGAAAUUUACUUUCUUUUGUUUCAUUCUUUUUAUGAACUUUGAUAGCUACAUCAGGAAUGAUAGAGUUUUUUUUUACAAAAUUCAAAUGCAUUAUAAUGAGCUCAUAACACGACAUUAUUAUAUUUUCGUAUAGCAUUUCGUUCUCAAAUCAAACUUUAAAAUCAGUGUUUUUCUCCUCUUGCAAUAAUCCAUUUAUGUUAUAGCUAGAACUCAAUGCUGAGACUAAUAUUCUAAAAUCCAUGAGUUGAAGACACAAAUUUGGAGGUACAUAACAACAACUUCAUGUGACCUUCAUUAACUGAUAAACUGUAUGCUUUAUCUGAUUAUUUCUCAGCUUUCACCUUUAUUUGUCUAUUUAAGUUAAAAAUAUACACCAAAGAGACCUGAGAUUGAAAUUUCUUUUUAUAUCUAAUGUCCUUAUGAGUUAAGUGCAGUUAACGUCAAUGUGUUAAAUGCACUUGUUUUUGGACUAAAUAAAAACAGGAAAGUAUCUAAUAAUAACCUGAUUUGUGUGCUUAUGAAAUUAUUAUUUUAUUAAUAUGUCUUGGUAACCUUUCAACCUUCUUCACUACAUGCAUGUGCUCAUAAAAGUGUUAAGAGAGAUUGCAGAUGUGUCCAUUAACCCUUACACAAAAGACAAAUUCUGUACGCAUUGAGUGUUUUCUACAAUAGAAAUGUUCAUGUUGCUGGAGACAAGUUGUUUGCAGAUAUCAUUUUACUUCUUUCUAGAGGAAGGUUUGAUUUUAACAACGAAUGCAGACAUUUCCUCUGGAAAUAAAUUCUUAGUGCAGAUUAUUGUCUGUGGAAUGCUUGAAAUGCUGCCCACUGACUGUCACAGUUAGCUUUUGUAUCCAAAACAAUCAGUAAUAAUAUUUACUCUUGUAAAAUUAAUUUUUUUUAAGUGACCAUGCCCUGUCCUAUCGAUAUUUAAAAUGUUGGGAUAAAGGUACAGUAUUGUAGCUGUGAGACAUAUAUGGGCAAGAGGCAACAUCAGAGAGUUCGUUUAGUGACCUUAGUCUGACAAUGAGAUAGAAAUUGACUUGGUACUACUAAGAGACUUCCCCGACGACCAAGUUCUUCAUCUUUUUUAAAAUAAACUGUCAAUAAACAGUUAUAGUUUUGCUCUGGCACAUCUUCAUGUUCUAAUAAUUAUUUACAGUUUUGUUGGAAAUUAACUUACCAUGACUUGCUGGAGCUAAUGAAAAUUUAAUAAGUGCCCAGCUAAGGGGGUCCUAAUAGAAUAAUUACCGCAGUAUCCCAUUUUCUUUAACUGAGUGCAUUUUAUCAUGAUAUAAUUUCUUGACAUGUUUAGAAUUAAUAUACUAUUUAGCCUGUGAAAACAGCUGACAUUUCAUGACACCACUACUGGUUUCCCACAAAAUGACGUCAGAGAAACAAGGACAUAAAUUCCAUACUGUUGACUUGACACUACCCAGAUCUGGGUAGUGACAAGUUGUCAGUAUAGAAUUUCUGCGCUUGUUUCUCUGACAUCAUUUUGUGUGGAAACCAGUGAUGGUGUCAUGAAAUGUCAGCUGUUUUCUCAGGCUAUAGAAUACAUGGCCCAGAAUAUUUUUCUGUACAGCCUUGUUGCACUCAGAGUUCAUAAUUUGAACAUAAUCAUGUCUCAGGUCUACAUUCCUGGCACUUUAUGGUAAAUAAGUUGUCACCUGCAUGCUCAUGCAUACAUGUAUAUUAAUAUGAAAUGUAGAUCUUCAUUCUAUUAGCAUCAGUUGGCCAAUCCUGUUAAUUAUAAUUAUUUAAUUUACAUGUAAACGUACUAUAUAAUAUGAAUCAUGGUUUUAUCUUUGUCUUGCAGUUAGACUGCAUGCAAGCAUUGCUGAAGAAGGAUACCACUACCUUGUGUUUGAUUUGUAAGUUUAUAAAAUGUGCAUAUUAUGCCUGCUUGAAGGGGGUGUGCAUGCAGAAAAAGGCUCUGAUUUUUAAACUCCUGAUGUAGUAUGAAAUUCUUCCUCUGAUUCAAAAUCAUCGAGAUCAGAUAAGAUUAAAUGAGGAGGAGAUCUAGCAUAUUAUCAAAAUCACUGGAAUUAAUUAAUAAUUAACGAAUGAGGCUGAGUAUCUUAUGAAGAAUUAUGGAGAUCAAGGAGGGUGUUAUCCUUCAAGGCCGUAGGCCGAGGCGGAUAACACCCUCCGAGAUCUCCAUAAUUUGUCAUAUGAUACGAAAGCUGAAUUUAAUAAUUGUUUUAUUAUUCAUUCAAAAUGAUUCCUAGUUUAAAAACAUGGCUAAAACAUGCUUACACCCAUCGAUCCAUCCUUCGAUAGUGCACGUUUAGGUUUGUCCAGCUCCGCAAAUAUUCUCCAAAUAGCAGAUGUCGCCCUUCAAGUUGUCUUCUUGCUGUUUUUGCCAUGUUUUUAGCUAUUUUUUCGCCCAGUUCUUACUCUUGAAACAAGUGAAAUGUCCGCCAUUUUUCAAGUUCACAACCAAAACAACUCAACCUCACCCCCAGGUCUUCUUGGUUAACGGUGCCUUAACCUGAGAAAACGCUGCAUUUUGACGUCAUUUCCUCGUUGAACACAAAAUUCUUUCAAAUUUGGUCAUCAGUAACUGGUUAUGGUGAAUUAAACGUGUGCUUUUAGCCAAUCAGAAUCGGGAAAAUAUUUGAAUGAAUAAUAAUGAGCUUUAUUCCAGGUAACCCAGUUUUAAUUAUUACUUACUUACAGCCUGCGAGUAUAAGAUCUCCAUUUUGAGCAUAAAUCAAAGUUGGUUGUGAGAGAAUAUGUGAGCAAGCACUAAAGCCACAAGGGGCAGCUUUCCCCACCCCUCACAUGCUAUUCGUCUUUCGUAUUCCUCACUCUCCUGCAUGACUUCUUAUGACGUAUUCUUCAAAUGGAGAGCUUGCAUGCUCGCAGCUAGGUUAUGUACGAAAUCAUCCUUCUCCAACAGACUCUAUGUACCCCAGGCAAAGAAGGAACUGCCUGUAAGCCCAGGACACUAGUCCUGCAGACCGAAAUUACAUCCUUAAUCCAGUAGUGACUCGAUCUUUUCAAAAUACAUGUAUUAGCACUGAGCUAAAGUUUGUAUUAAUUUUUUAGACAAAUAUUAAAAAGUUGAUAACAGACAAACAUGUACAUCUGGUGCACUUCCUUAUAAAUUACAUGACACACCUUUCAUUUUACUGCAGAGUAACAGGAGGUGAAUUAUUUGAGGAUAUUGUUGCAAGGGAAUACUAUAGUGAAGCUGAUGCAAGGUAAGCUGAGUUUUUAUAUGUUUGCAAUUAGGCCAUUUAACAUCUAGUAUACAGGGUAGGUCCCAGUGGCUAGUGGAACAAAAAGGGGUUAUAACACUCUGCACUUGGUAAAUCACAGUGCAGGUUUUGAGCAAGGAAAUUGGGACCUAGUUGGCACCCAUCUUAACUGUCAGACCAGUAGUUCUAAAACCAAGGUGUUUUUUAUCAUUUUUUAACUGGGUUUCCACUUUUUGUACAAAAACUGGAGAGUUUUUUAAACAUUAAACAUUACUAAAAAUAGUGAUGUAACAUUGUGCCAAUAGGAUCUUAUUUUAAUACUUUUUAAUUACUACUCUGACUUGAACUAUUUUUAUUUUUUUGUGCUUCUUUAUUCUUUAAGUCACUGCAUUCAGCAAAUACUGGAAAGUGUGCAUCACUGUCACCAAAAUAAUGUUGUUCAUAGAGACUUGAAGGUACUAAAAAUAAUUUGGAUAUAGUGUUGAUAACUUUUUUUAGUCAAUAAUUAACUAUUGGUGAGUUGAAUAAUCUGCAGUUUGUUUAACUAGUGAAUACUACUUCAGCCUCCACCUUAUAAACUUCUUAAUUGUCGUUGGGACUUUAUUUUCACAAGAUAUCAGACAUCUGCAUUUUAGCCCCCAAAUAAUCCAUAUUGAUGACAUAAAUCUGUUCAGAGGCUCAAAUUAGUUGACACAAUGCAAUAAUAAUAUUGUACUAUUUUAGGUAUUAUUUGGGAACGACAGAGAAAGGACAUAACUUUAACCAUGAUACUGAAAACUUUUUGCUUACCGUGUUCUAGUUUGUUGCCUUCUUACAAACUUACAAAAGGACAUAGGAAAGAAAAAAUUUUAAAAAAAAAUUAAUAUUACAUGAUAUUUACAUGUUAUUUUUCCCUUAGCCAGAGAACUUACUUCUAGCAAGUAAAGAAAAAGGUGCCGCUGUUAAGUUAGCAGAUUUUGGGUUGGCUAUUGAAGUAGAUGGUGAUAAGCUGGGCUGGUAUGGUAAGUGAUCAGGUACUUUUCUAGUUUAAAAUGUGAAGUAAAAUCCAUGUAAUUAUCUGCUUAUAUUAAAUUAGUGUUCAAGUUGGCUCUCAAUAUACGGUUUUCUUUUCAUAUUUUUUACCAUAAGCGCUUUAUACCCAGACCUUCUCGAUAAAUACAUUACUGUUGCUGUGGUAAUCAUUUACCAUAGCAACUGUAAAGCAUUUAAAUUACCCUUGAUUUUACCUUAAAGUCAUAACUUAAAAAUAACUCCUAUCUUUCUCGGGAAGAAUUCCUUGGGACCCAGUCAAUAAUGUCUCCCUGUAUUACCAUAGUGUCCUUUUUCCACUUAGAUUAGAAGUUUAUUUUCUCUUUUUCCUCCAAGAAAAUAAGCCCAUGGCAAAUUGGUGAGAAAGCUACUAACAGGUGUUGGCUCUUUGCGAUUGUGAUGCUCUUCAUGCCUCCACUUUCUUUUAGAAGGAGGAACAAGGAUGGUAGAGUUUUCCUGUAAGGGGUAAUCAUAGGUGUGUUUGUUGCUGUCCCAUUAUUUCUGUUUAUUUUUUUUAGGUUUUGCUGGUACACCAGGGUACCUCUCCCCAGAGGUCUUAAAAAAGGAGCCUUAUGGUAGACCAGUUGACUUAUGGGCCUGUGGUAAAUAUUAACUAUAAUACUUCUAUUUUGAUGUUUGUCUCUUACAAAGAAUAGUGCAGUAUACACUGUAGACAUUUCGUUCAAACUGAUAAAAACACUUAUUUACGUGUCACUGUUUUUUUUUUUCGUAGGAGUCAUCUUGUACAUUUUACUUGUUGGUUAUCCUCCAUUCUGGGAUGAGGAUCAGCACAAGUUGUAUUCUCAGAUAAAAGCUGGUGCAUACGACGUGAGUAUUACAUCAAGCAUUACAAGGCUAUAAUUAAGUAAUAUUAGCCUAGAACGCUUCUGGUAGUCACAGCUUUAUCCAUAAAACGCAAGGUUUUCUAUUAGAGAUGGUUAUGGCCCGAAAUUAAGAUACCAAACCUCAUAUAAUCCCCAUUUAUCUUCUAUGCGGACAUUUUAGUGUCGCUGAGUUUUCUACAUAGGAGAUAGGACAGACUGCAGUUUCAAAUCCCACACUGAGUCGUGCGAUUCAACAUCACUGAUUUCCUACAGCUGCCUUCUCAGUACCCCUCUUAACUCAGAUCUCACUGCCCUGUUUUGGUGAAGUUGUAUUAUACAGACAAGCUUUUAAAAGAGGGCGUAUCACUUGUGUCAUUACAAUAAUAAUGUAUAGUAAAAUUCGUCACUUUGGUUCCCUAGCUCGAUGGGUUCACCACAUUUCCUUUGGGACUUAGCACCUCAUUUACGCACGUGGUGCGUCCCCCUUAGACUAAAGUGAGAUGUUUUUUUCUUGUUUUAUUUCCAACACCAAACCUUUGUCCAUACAGUUUGCUGCAAAAUGCAAUUUGUAGUACACAUAACGGUAUAACCAUCAUAGAACACAUAUCAUUUACUAAUUAAGCAAGGCGGAAUCGUGGAAUUUUGCAUACGGAGAUUUAAAACUCUUCCUCUCUUUCCUUGCUAGUACCCCUCACCAGAGUGGGACACCGUCACGGAUGAGGCGAAGGUAAGCAUAAUUAACCUUCAAACUUUCAAGGUUACGUUAGAACCAAUGCAAAAAUGGCUGCUGGAUUAAUUUUCUUUUGUUUAAAUUAAAAUUAGGCAGACUAGACUCCUUCUUCAGUACAAUGUUCAAAAGAAUACAUUAACUUAAGCAAGGCUAGUCAGGGUAAUUGUAACUUAAACAAAAGAUUAUUAAUCCAGUAGCCAUUUUCACAAUGGGUCUAUACAUCGUGUAAAAUAAUGAAAAACCUAUCGCAUCAUGCAAACGCCCUGUUAGGUAAGUGGCAUGCAACUUCACAGGAUUUUUUCUAUGGUAACAUUAUAGAAUUUUGUCCACUGACUGGAAAGUUAGUACUACCUGAUCGCGUGGCGACCCGUCCUGAGGUGCUCUCAAAACCGUUAUUAAAUUUUAAAGUAAAGCUAGCUGAUUAUCCCUCAAGCUUAUGUACCUAUAGCUUUUAGCAUCCCGAGCCGUCCCUUGUCGUAACAUGGCUGGUUUCACGAUAAUAGUUUUCAUUAAUUCGUAGUCUUUCUAGUAUCUUUUCCCCAGUUUCAUAUUAUUGAAAAGCGAAAAUGAGCUAGCAUGGCAUUAGUACAAGCCCGUCCGCUUGUCUCUCUCUCUACAGGAGCUUAUAAAUACAUUGCUCUCUGUGGACGCGUCCAAAAGAAUCACUGCAGCAGGAGCCCUGAAACAUCCAUGGAUCGUCGUAAGUAUAUAAAAUCAUCAGUGCUACUUUUUUUAAAAUCAACGUAUGUCCGUUUCUUUUUUCUUGUUGCUGGAAAUCAGGCGACCCAGAAUGUUUUUGAACGUAUUUAUGGUCUCAUUUUGUGUUAAAAAGAGAGUCUCAACCUGACACAAAUAGUUGGGAUAUUGCAAGCUCGACUAGUCAUCUACGAUUGUCUAAGACUCUGGCUACGGCUGUAGUAUAGCUUUGCAUGGUCGCCCUUGUGUCUAGACAUACACGGAGGUGAAAAUGCCAAAGAACUCCAUGCCACUUAUGUUUGGUCUCGUCUCUGCGAUUAGGUCUUCAAUGCUACAAGGUACUGAAAAAAAAGUAUACAUAACAAUUGCGUCAUUUUUUCAGAACCGUGAACGCGUUGCAUCUAAAGUACACAGGCAAGAAACUCUUGACGGACUGAAGAAGUUUAAUGCAAGAAGAAAGCUGAAGGUUAGUCCAGGAUAAAAGAUCUCGCUGUUAGUAUCCUGUGGUUACAGGUACUGUAAAUUCUAUAUUCUUGGGCCUUUGCUUAUAUUCACUCAAACAGGCUUUUGAGAGUUACCAACAUAUUUCAGUUUGUAAUGAUGUAUAAUUCAGAUUACAUUGUUGGACUUCCGAAUGGUGUCUAACGCCAAGUCUGGGUUCAAGGUUGAUGUUAUGCAAGCCUUAGAUUGACGAAUUUGGUCUUUGAAUUUGGUGUAAUAGAAGUAGUUAAGCACGAUUUUCUGGUGGGUGAAACUGGUCGCCGGAAAGUGAUUUGGAACGAAACGGGUUGUAGCAAGUGAUUCAGGCUUCUAAGAAAGUAUUACUUGAAUGUAACAUGUCCUUUGAGAAGAAAUAACGCAUCUGCCGAUAUAGCAAAAAGAAAGCGGGAGGGAAUCUCGGUUUUGUUAUUUCUGUAAAAUAUGCAGUCCACUAUUUCUUCUUGAAUAUCCGCAGCAUUUCCACAGAUUGCUGAGCAAACCAAUCACAACUCCGAACAUAAAACUGUAACCGCUGUUAGGGCGGGAAAAACCACUUGUAGCGGGUGGCAAUGGCGGGAAAAGUUGUAUAGGCGACACCACUUUUCUUUGGCUUUUGUCUGAUUGGUUGAAAAUUCAGAAGUUACCUGUGAUUGGUUUAUACAGCUUGCACAUUUAUGAAUGAUAAUCUUUAAAUAUUGAUGUAAUAUCCAGCUUAAAAAUAUUUCAAAAAGUGCGGUGCGAUAUUUGUUUUCAACAGGCAGUUAAAUAAUGGGAAAAACGUUUCAACAUGAUUGCCGUGUGUUUUUAUUUAUUUGAAACUAUGUUCUUUUGCGUUACUCAGGUUUGUUUCGUGUUUCUUUAGGGUGCAAUUCUCACCACAAUCCUGGCUACAAGUAAUUUUAAUCUCUCUGCAGGUAUAAUUAAUAUUCUACUCGGUAUUCAUUGAUAUCACGAUACUGUUGUCGUUUCAGGGUGCCAUCUUAACCACCAUCGUGGCGCGUAGGUUUUCUGCUAAUUCAGGUAACCAAAUAAUCUCAUAACACCCAAACUCAUUAAAUAUAAAUCUUAAACGCUUUGAGACAAAUCGUUUCUUUUUUGGAUAAAUAAUUCUUAAUUAACGAGUAUGCGUUUUGAUUAAAUGUUUUAAACCCGUUGUAAUUUUGAAAAAGUUGAAUGUGACUUUGUUCUGGCGGUAAACAUGCAACUCACGAUUAGAUAAUGAAUAAAUAAUAAAUAAUGAAAUAGAAUAUAACUUAUAAUCAAUAAAAGUAACUGGGAGAACUUUAAUCAGCAGAGACAUUUGGCCUGCAUCCACUUAAAUAUCUUAUGAUUUUGUUAAACUGGAUGACUUAUUAGGUGUAUGAGAGAAAUACAUGUUAGUCCGAUUGUCUAACAACUUGGUACAAUUCACUGCUGAGCGAGUAAGAAUUAAUACCUUUCUUGGCAUAUAACGAAAACUUCCUUAAAGUGAUUUUCACUUUUGUUAAAUCCAGCCGAGAAGAAGCGCCGUGGCGCCAGCAGUACAAUUUUGUUGUUCAAUUGUUAAUUUCAUUUUGUUCAUUCGUCCGAGUUCUCUAACUGAUAAAUAACUAUGUAACUUUGUCAAACAAGUCUCAAUAAACCAUUAGGUUCUGUAGAUUAAUGACCGUUCAUAUAACGCGACCUUUUAUUUCCGUGUUGGCGCCUGUCUUAGGGUUUAACAGGGUCCUCACAGUCUUGAAAAGUCCUUGAAUUUUAAGGAAAGUCCUUGAAUUCCAUUUUUCCUCGAAAAGUCCUUAAAUUUCUGUGCCAGUCCUAGAAACGUCGUUGAAUUUUCUUCAACUUUGAACGUGGUGGCCUGGAAAGUGUUUUUCAUGCUUUUUGGGUUGUCGAAAAUCAUAACUCAGCGAAGUUAAUCAAUGGUGAUUUGUAUAAAACGUUUUUGUUUUAUGCAAUAGUUAACUAUCAAUUUAAGACAAGAGAACUGAAAAAUGUAGAGAAGUUGGUGGAGCAACUAUUAGAAUGGACUGGAAUGUGCAUUGUUGUACAAUCUGUGAAAUUACCUUCCUGGUAGGUGGUCCUUGAAAAUCGAAUGAGGGGUCCUUGAAAAGUCCUUAAAAAAUGGUUGCAAUUUUUUGCAUAAACCCUGGUUUAAGCGAGUUGUUUUCACCCCAAUAACCUGACCACUUUAAAAGACGUGAAAGCAUUAGCAGUGAGCCAAAAGGUUUUGUUUAUAAUUUUAGUCAUUUCCAAGUCUCCAAUUGAGAAACAAAAGACAUUCCCUCGUGGAGGAUCACUGGUUACCCUGUGUUAGUAUUGAUCAGCACUGUUAUCCCUUGCAGGCUGUCGUGCAUUUCUGUUUGCGACAGUACUGUCCAACCGUAAACAUGUUCUGUUUCGUUUGACUUUAAUUGAAAUAAACUGCUAAACAGUCAACUGUAAAUAUAAUAGCGCUUUCAAUUCUUCGGUUAAAGACAUUAGGGACCUUAAGCAAAGACGUUUUUGAGCGACGCACGUCAACCGUUUGUGCCCUAAAUUUAUAUGCCUUCGCUAACAAACUUUUUAUUGUAGAGUUUCUCACUGAUUUAAAGACGAGGCUUUCCUGAGAGUUUCAACCAGAACCGUCCCCAAAAGCAAAAAAAGCCACUUAAACACACGUCCGUCCCUCAAAAACCCAAAGUAAGCUCCCUAUUGUUAACCCAUUGACAGUUCUGUGACUUUCGUUUGUGCCUUAAAGAGUCUGUAAGCGGCUUUCGCUCGCAAGGAUUUAGUAACAAAUGAUAGCCACUGAUAGAAACACCAUUUGAUGAUAACAUCUGCUCUGAACUUUGAAGAUAAUGCUACGUCAUCGUUAUUAAACUUCUAACACGAAACCGUUAUUACAAAUUACUGUGACUAAGAGAUAAGCACUUCCUCUCCUUUUCACCCUCUGUUGGUCCAUAAUUGCGUUGUUUUAGCUUCCUCAUUGCGGUUUGAGUCAGUGCAUGAACCAAUCUCGGUACAACAAUGUCCUUCCCUUGGAUAAGGAAGGUUCUUUGAGAACAGGGAUUUUUUUCUCCGUUUGCAAAAAAAUCCGUGUUCACACGUUGAGUUUUUUAAUCGUUUAGGCCCGUCCACUCGAAAACAAUAAUGAUAAUGAUAAUGUUCAGUAAUAAUGUUGAUGGCAGCAUGCGCAUUCAUUGGCACUCAACACCGUGACGUAAUCGUUUUCAAAAACCUCUAUUUUCAUCCAUCCACACGAGUUUUCACCGGAUACGUGUGAACGGUGGGAAAAACUGGAGAAAAAAAUCUCUCUUUUUCAAACAAAAACGGAUACGUGUUCACGGGGCCUAAGAUAAGAUUAUCGUUUUACUUGAAAUUUUCUUUAAUGGAGGAUACUUAUUUGUCAUUAUUUAGUUUAUGAUAGUGCGGCAAAGUGGAAAUUGUGGGUGGAAUUGUGGUUAGAAUUCAAUAAUUCGUUGUCGGCAAUCACUGCAUGCGGAAACAAAUUUGGUGGAACUCAUUGUUUCAGUUUUCGGCAUCUGGUUUUUGCGAAGAGAUAUUCGGACUUGGAAAUUUAAGUCUUGCGCAAAGUUAAAACCAGUCGUAAUUAAUCGUUGUCGUAGUGGCAGUCGUCUCAGAACUAUCAGACUUAUUUUGAUUCGUUCUAAAGCAUGUCUAAAGAUAGGAAACCUCUACUCUUUCUAAUGGUCGUUUUCUUUGUUUACAGUUCGGCCUUUUGUAAGCAAGAAAAAGGUAAGCGAGCUGGGUAUUCUGCUGCACAGCCGUUUUUAGUGUCGUCACGCAACGCUCCUCGGGAACGCUGUGUUGCGUGACGACACUUAAGGUCUGGGAUAUUCAAACGCAUUAUAUUUCGUGGGGUACCUACAUCAUGGUAGCCAUUUGGUGCUAGGCAAUACACGUAUAGUUAGUUGUAUCAUUAGACAGGUCAAGCAUCACGUUUACAUCAAAUGGCAAACGCGAAUUUGUACCACGUGACCAAGUUUCCCCAUUACGUGUCGUUUACUGUUCAUUAUUUCUACACAUAAAUUAGUAGUUUCAAGCAAUUGUUUAUCCAUAAAAAUUGUUUUGAGCUGUUUUUAUCUGCUCAUUUUCUAUUUUGUGAAAUUCUCAACUUGAAUCUGACGUUUGCCAUUUGCCGUAUACGUGAAGCUUAAACUCUCUAUUUUGUCUUCUGACGUUACUGAGGAAAGUAGUAAAAUCAGACUAUUCCACUGUUGAAAUACCCUAUAUCUGAUUGGCUGUUAAUCUGUCGCAACAGACAUUUGAAGGGUUUAUUGUUUUUGUUUGUUCGUUUUUUGUUUGUUAGUUUGUUUUUCUCAGCAGUGUUUUAAAUAUUUUUAAAUCUGAUCUUCUAUUCAGGGAUCAGACGAAGAACUAAUGGCGCAUUCUGAAGAUGAACAUGAAGUUGAUACUGUAGCUGUUAAAGGUCAGCGUUACUUCUAAAGAACAAAAGUAAACAGUAAACUCUCUUAAACUCAAACGGCCUUUUCAUUCCAUUGCGGUCGUGUUACAUUGCUAUUAGUCAAUACAGACGAGUUUUCAAUCAAUCACUGCUGUCUAUUCUACCGUAUAUUCAUCGUUAAUCGCCAUGUAUUUCAAUCCAGUUUCUUUGCAAAGCAGGAACGGGCUUUAUAAUAACGACCCACUAAUGACGCUACAUGUGUGACGGCCUAGGUGAACUGAGAGAGAAAAGGAGAUGGCGAUAAACGCAAAAGCUCUCUCUUUAAGUCAGUUCCCCCUUCGUACCUCCCCCACCCCCCUCCUUCUCUAAUCAAGUGAGCAUGCGCUGUCAACUGAAGUAGACGUACUUCAACGGCAAGGCGAAGACAAAUUGAUAAUAGUUUCAAUGGUUUUAAUUGUAGUUUCAUUUCCUUUAGCUCGAGAACAACAAAUUAUCCAGCUAACUCAAAAGCUGAUCACAAGUAUUACCACUGGAGACUUCGAAACUUACUGGUAUUUAUAUAUAUUCGGAAUCGCCUGUCAUUCGAAUAGUAAGCUAAGGACAGUUAGAGAUUUUUAAUCUUAAUUAAACGUUAAUACAACCACCUGUAGAUUUACACCAAUUUGCGAUGAAGCUUUGUCUUUGACCAAACUCGCGAAAGACCUCGGACCGUUUCAGAAUCAGAUUAGUGACUUUUCAGCUGAGGAAAAGUUUUAUUUAAGUUAAGUGGGAAACCGCUUUCGUUUGUUCAUUUAUAUUAUGUAGCACAAAAACAAUCGGUUCCUCGUUCAAGUGAACCACUUUCUUUCCCCCGAGAAAACUGUUUUGAAAGGCCUUUCAUGUGAUCAAGCGAGGUAUUUAUCUUCUAUUGGUACAAACCUUGGUUAUUUUUGCUACUUUCAGUAAACUAGUGGACUCACAUUUAACAGCGUUUGAGCCAGAAGCUCGAGGUAAUUUAGUUGAAGGUCUGGAGUUUCACAAGUUCUACUUUGACAACGGUAAGCAAGCACUCUAAAUAUUGCGCAAUAAAGCAUUCUUCUGUUGCUCCAGCCAUUUGUCGUGAAAAAGGAUAGAUGUUGCAGUAAAAAAACGAGGAAUCCAAAUGGUGGCAGAAUGGUCGUAUCAUCAAACCUCUAUGUGACUGAUUGUUUAAAUUAUGGUAUAUGUUUGAGCGCAUGAUCGAGAAAGAAGGAGAAUCAGUCUAAGUCGAAUUAAUCAGUAGUAAAUUCAGUGCUGACAGAGGGUCGCUGGAUAUUAUAUCGCGAAUGGUUUUUGAGAGUUCUUUCAAGCUCCUGGGUGUUUUCCAAUUAAAUUUGAUUGAUUUUUUUAAUUUACGGCGUUUGUGAAUGUAGACUCGUGAAUUAAAGUUGAGAAUAAUUAGAGCAUACGGUAAGAUCAUUCCUCACGUUUGUCAGGUCUUAGUUUUCAGCAACCAGUCCUAACAACAGUGCUGCAAAUUUCGUACUCGCGGACUUGGAAGCUGUUAUUUGCCUGGUCUGUCAGUUGAAAUUGUUGACUCUUAAGUCCCGUCCACACGGAGUCCAGAUAUUUUUACACGAAUCGACCGUCCAGUGAAUCCACUCCACGAAACGGCAUCUUUUUUAAACCGCUCUUCAGAGAACUGAACUGUCCGGGUUAAAAAAUAUGCGGUUAAAAAUGUCCCGAUUCGUGUGGACUGGGCCUGAUAAAAUGCACUUUACUAAUUGGUUUUUGUUGAUUUUCUUUUGUUGUUUUGGUUUCUCUUUAUAUAUAUAUAUAGUUCACAGCAAAAGAGUGACCCCAAUAAACACUACAAUUUUGUCGCCGCACGUUCACAUGCUAGGAGACGAUGCUGCCUGCAUCUGCUAUGUCCGGCUUCAACAGUUUCUCAACAGGUAACGUAAAUUUGCAAAUAACCGAGGUUAGCCUAUGUAAAAUGCUGACCUGGUGUUAUCUUAUGGGAUUUUUAUUUGUAAAGACCCCGGUUCGGUGUGUGUGUGUGUGUGUUUUUUUUUUUGUAUUGUUUUGUUUUGUUUUGUUUUUUGUUUUGUCUCUUUCUUUUUAGUAGGAAUUUUACUUGGUUUCCUUAAUAUUGUCUAUUCUACAGUUCCGGUGUACCAUUAACACGCCAAUCCGAAGAAACACGGGUGUGGCAUAAGAAAGGAGGACACUGGGUAAACGUUCAUUUUCAUCGAUCCAACAUGACAAACAGCCCAGACAGCUAGAAAGAUUUGUGCACCACACGACAGUUAAUCAAUCGUCUCAUUUGAAGGGAACAGUUUUCCUUGAAGAGGAUCCGCCGCAAUGGAACGAGACGGAUUUACAAGUAAACCGUCCGAAAGCAUACAGUUAAUGGGUGCUGAAGAGAAGGAACUCAAUAGCGGAAGGACGAUUUUUUUAUGUCACCUUCCCAACGGACAAAAACGUAAUAGCUUAAUUUCAAAAUAAGACAAUACAAAACCUCCAAAAAUGUAUGCGCAUCAUAACUUAAAGAGGUGCACGAUUAGCAAUUUAAAUUAUGUCCUUAAGACCUUAGGUUUUUAGAGUCACUCGGACGUCAGAUUUAUUUUGUGCCUUUGUACUGUGGACAUGAAACUGCUGCGGAAUAAUUUUUAGGAUAUUUCCGUCUGUAGUCAACUCUUUUUAAAACAACACACUGUACAGGUCCGUUAACACAUGCGAUUUUUCGAGUGAUUUUGCGACUUUGAUGCAGCCGUUACCGUAAGGUGCAUGUCGUGAAAAACCUUGAGAGUCAAGGGAGGGGUUUUCGAAACUCCUGUGCAGUAAAUUGCCGAUCAAUCGCUUUCACGAAAUUCGUUACAGUAGGAGAAAAUUGCACGAAAAUCGCCUUUGUGAAUGAGCCCUAAAACAAGCACCAUAGGCUGAGCAAACAGCCAACAUUUCGUGAGGCCACCAUUGGUUUCCCCUCGAAGUGACGUCUGUGAAACGCGCGCAGAAAUUCUUUACUGACGACGCGACACUACCCUGAUCUGAGUUGUGCGUCUGUGGCUGAAAAUUUGCUUCAACCAAUCAGAAGCACUACCCAAAUCUGGGUAGUGAAACUUCGUCAUUAUGGAAUGUCUGCUCUCGUCUCUCAGACGUCAUUUCGCGGGGAAACCAAUGGUAGCGUCGCGAAAUAUCGGCUGUUUUCUCAUGCCACAAGCACCAUGGUUGUCCAUGUUGGAGUUUCUUGUUUUCUUCGAGGUUCAGGUGUUUCUUUAUGCCGUUUUGAAAAUGCCUCAAAAAUGAAAAUGGUACCUUGCAGAAGUACUGUAGUGCGAAAGAGAUUUUACAUGAAAUGGCGGCGCCAUUUCGUCCUCAGGCACAAUAGUUGUUACCGUGUCAGUGUCUUUAUGACUGAAUUUUAAUUGAAAGACAUUUUUUACACUGUUUUACGUUUUACAGCGCAGUAGAUUCUUGUUUUCUUUAAAUUCACGAGUUGGGCCUCUUCUUAAAUGAAUGGUCUUUUGUAAUACACUUACAAGUCACACGUGGGAUUGCCAAUUUUAAGGAAAGGGUAAAGGGAAACGUCCGAGAAUUUUACUAGAAUGUUAGGGAUUUUAUUUGGUGACGACAAACGCUUUUGAAAAAAUUACAAAAAUCGUUUUUCAACCUGCAAAAAUAUUCUGUAGGUGAUCAAUUUUGAUGUUACAAAUGUUGUAAACAAAUCAAGAUAGCGAGAAAAAAAAAACGUUUUUAAUUCCUUGCAAAAGAAGCUUGAAAUGUGAAAUGCAAGGUCAGGAAAAAUCGUGUUGAGACAAGGGAACGUAAGGACAUCUAGCUUUCCAGUCUGUGAAGGCAAUUUUGAAUUACUUCGGGGUCUUGCGAAGUAUUUUAAUUCUGAGAAUUUCUGCCAAACGAAGGGUAACGCUAAGGGUUUAAGUACUGGUAUCAUAGUUAUUUUGAUUUCUACGCAGCUAGAAUAUAUAUUUUGCUGAGAUGUAUAAAUUCUCUUCGCUUUAUCAUAGCAAGCCUAAGUGCCAUGGUUUUUGUCUGAUCCUCGCCGAUGAGGAUAUUUAAUAAUUUAUUUGGAUUGCACAUUAUUACUCUAGGUUCUUGUAGGUAUAUUUUAAAUUUGAAAUAUACAGUGUCAUAGUAGAAUAAUUUAGGGAAAAUGCUUGAACAUUAUAGCAAUGUAAUAUGCAAAUACUUUUAAUUAAUUACUAUUGGAAUUUUUCAGAUAGGAAAAUACAAAUAUGUUUCAAUUUUCAGUGCAGCAAGUGAAUAAUCAAUGACUUAUCUGUAAGAAUGUAUUAGAAAUAGCAGGCUUUUAGAACUGUUUAUUUUAAACUUAACUUAAAAAAGAUGUAAUAGUAGAAAGUGUUUAACUAUAGCCAAAGGUUACAGUCCUUCCGAGAAUAAGGAAUCGAAGUGCCCGGUAAUAUAGGUAUUUUGAGG